CCUGUCCCUCCUCUUCUCCGAGAGCCUCAUGGAGCUCCUUCUGCUGGUGGCGCAGCACGGAGGCCAGGCGCCCCUGCGGCGGGAGAUGCCCACACUGCUGGAGAUCGUGGCACACACCCUGCGCGACGUCACCCCGGAACAGCUCAUGGAGGCCAAGCAGCCGCCGCCACCACCCGUGCAGAAACGUAAACCCGAACAGCAAACGCAAGAGGUUAGGGCGGAACCCCCGCGGCAGACGCAAUCACAGCAGCAACCAGCAGCCGCGGGGAAGCCUUCUGGAACUGCACGGCCCUCCCCCGCCGCCUUCCACCCCACCGGCAAACUAUCCGCGCCACAGCAACCCCCUUCCGGCCGCUUCCCACCCCCUGGAGCGCCCUCCUCCUCGCAGCCCCGGCGGCCCGGCCCUCCCGCCCUGGACAGCGCAGUGGCUGCACAGCUGAAGCGGCAGCAGCUCGCCGCGGCCGCUAAACUUCGCUCGGCUCCCUCGCGACCCGGCGGAUUCGUGGGCCGGUUUGUGGUGGCGCACUCGGAGGACCCCAAUGCGGAGCAGCGCAGGACGUUCCUCACCAAACCGGGGGCGGCCAGUGCGGCGGCGACCACUGUACGACAACACAUUGUGGAGGCUCCUCCCAAGCUAGACAAGGGCUCCAAGGGCCCCUCCACCGCCCCCU